AUGCCCCAUGCCACCAGCCUGCCCCCGCCCGGCUUCCAGGCCCUCAUCCUGUGCGGCCCCGGCGCCUCGUUCAGCACCUUCACAUCGUCGCCCAAGGACAUCCCAAAGGCCCUGCUGCCCAUUGCAAACCGCCCCAUGGUCUGGUAUCCGCUCGAAUGGUGCUACCGCAUGGGCGUGACGGACAUCACCGUCGUUACCCCGCCAGAAUCUCUCGACGCAAUUGAGGCCGCCAUGUCGCAGAAUCCACACCUCACCACCCUGCCCUCGCCCAAGCCAGACAUCCUCGCGCCAAAGGGCCUCUCACACCAGACGAGUACCGGCGACCUCUUUCGCCUGCCCGAACUGCAGAGCGCAAUCAAGGGCGACUUCAUCGUGCUUCCCUGCGAUCUGGUGUGCGAGCUGGACGGCACAGCGCUGGCGGAUGCGUGGAUGGUCGAGCAGGGCGGGUUUGCAGGCGCAAGCGGCGGACUGGACCACAAUGGCGGCAAAAUCGCAUACGGCGCCGGGGGAGAGAAGCUGGGGCGGAGAGGCGGCAUGGGCGUGUGGUACGAGACCAAAGGCGAGGGCAGCAGAAAAAAGGAAGAGACGGACUUUAUCGCCACAACGCCCUUGGCCAAGCCCACCGUGCCCGUUCCCACAGACUCGCUGCGGCGCAACAUGUCCAAACUCGUCUACUCUGUUCCUACCGACACACUCAACGACAUCACCGAGGAAAACAAGACAUUUCCGCUCCGACAUUCGCUCAUCCGCAAGCAUGCGCGCAUACGGAUGCUGACGACACACCGCGACGCGCACAUUUACGUGUUUCCCUACUGGGUCAUGGAGAUGAUUCGCAAGAAUGAAAAGUUUGAGAGUCUAAGCGAGGAAGUAGUGGGGUGGUGGGCAAAGGCGAGCUGGCAAGACGGACUGGGCGAAAAGCUGGGCCUGAGGCAGAUAUUGCAGGGCGAAGAGGACGGGUCGGAUCACGAAUCUCAGGUGGUCGAGGAAGAGAUUGACGUGUCCAAGUUUAGCACCACAUACUCGGGCAGCAUCAAGGACCAGGAAACUUUGCCCACGGAGCUAGCAUCAAGAGUCACCAAUUCCUCCAGUAUACCAGAUUCUGCAAAGUCACUCGCAACCUCCAAGCUUACCGUCCCGCCUCUUCUCGCAUACGUCCAGCCUUCGGGCCCCAACGAGCCUCUUAUUCGCCGAGUGGACGAUUCUCACCUCCUUUUGACCAUUUCGCUGCGCCUCGCUAAACUGCCCUCGAUUGAAGAGGUCGGCAAGGAAGCCGCUUCGCCAUUUGCCCACCAGUCCAAGAUUGCCCACAAGGAAUCCAUACCACGAAAGUGCCGCGUCGAGGCUGAGAACUCGCUGCUCGCAGACAAUGUCAUUGUCGAGGAAAAGACCAACAUCAAAGAGAGCGUCAUCGGCUCCAACUGCAAGAUUGGCGAGGGCGCAAGGCUGCUGAGAUGUCUGUUGAUGGAUGGCGUCGAGGUCGGACCAAACGUCCAGCUUACCGAUUGCAUACUCGGUAGGCGGUGUAAGAUGGAGGGUGGUGAUGCCAAAGACGGCGAUAGGACUGCGCUCAAAGACUGCGAGGUCCAGGACGGCCAGGUGGUGGAAUGGGGAACUGAGGCCAAGAACGAAAAGUUUAUGCGCUUCGACGUGGGUGAUGAUGUAGGCAGUGACGGCUUUGGCGGCGAUGAUAUGGAGGGUGACAUGGGCGACGAGGAGGGGCUCUGAUUGCAGAAGACGGUGCCUUCUGUGAGAGAAAAUGGGCCAGGUAUUUAUGAGACAUAUCCAAGCAUUCACAAUCCUACGCAUUGACGCCAUUUGGAGCGUCUGCGUGCGGAGAGUACCAGGUCUUUUCAACAAAUAUUACUGAAUUGAACUACGGCCUAAGCCAGUGGUCGUUCAC